CAUAUUUGUUACGGGUGGUUGGAGCGGCUGUACAUUGUCAAGAACAUGGCGGCUUCCAGGCAGGCAUGAGAGUGGAUACUUCUUAACAAAUUUGGAUGAACCCGGGCUAUCCUCUCAAAACAACACCAUAAAACAUCUCCCUGGAUAUUGCAACACGAAUAUCUAAAAGGACAUGACAUCCCCAGGUUCCACUGUGCCUGGAACCAUCGGAGCUCCACUGCAGCCACGAUGGAAGCGGGUUCUGGGCUGGUCCGGCCCGGUACCCCGGCCAAGACACGGACACAGGGCCGUGGCCAUCAAGGAGCUGAUGGUUGUUUUUGGCGGAGGAAACGAAGGAAUCGUCGACGAGUUGCACGUUUAUAAUACUGCAACAAACCAGUGGUUUAUACCAGCUGUCCGUGGAGAUAUUCCUCCAGGAUGUGCAGCGUACGGAUUCGUAUGCGAUGGCACACGGCUGUUGGUGUUCGGUGGAAUGGUGGAAUAUGGAAAGUACAGCAAUGAUCUUUUUGAGUUACAGGCAAGCAAGUGGGAAUGGAAAAAAUUGAAACCCAAGGCCCCUAAAAAUGGAGUGCCGCCAUGUCCUCGUCUGGGCCACAGUUUUUCUCUUGUGGGCAACAAGUGCUAUCUUUUUGGAGGGCUUGCCAAUGACAGUGAAGACCCCAAGAACAACAUUCCCAGAUAUUUGAAUGAUCUUUAUACUCUCGAGCUGCGUCCGGGCUCCAGCGUUACAGGCUGGGAUAUACCAGUCACGUAUGGUGUUCUGCCCCCUCCACGAGAGAGUCACACUGCUGUAAUUUAUACGGAAAAAACUACCAAAAAGUCCCGUCUUGUCAUAUAUGGAGGAAUGAGUGGAUGCCGUUUGGGAGAUCUUUGGACAUUAGACAUUGAUACAAUGACCUGGAAUAAACCUUCAAUCUGUGGUGCUGCACCUCUCCCUCGCAGUCUUCACUCGGCCACCACCAUCACAAAUAAGAUGUAUGUAUUUGGUGGCUGGGUUCCUUUGGUAAUGGAUGAUGUAAAGGUGGCCACACAUGAGAAAGAAUGGAAGUGUACAAACACGUUGGCCUGCCUGAACUUGGACUCUAUGUCGUGGGAGACUGUUUUGAUGGACACCUUGGAGGACAACAUACCCCGUGCACGAGCUGGACAUUGUGCAGUUGCCAUCAACAACAGGCUUUAUGUGUGGAGUGGACGUGAUGGGUAUCGUAAAGCGUGGAACAAUCAGGUGUGCUGCAAAGACCUGUGGUACUUGGAGACAGAACGGCCUAAUCCUCCUUCAAGGGUACAGCUUGUCCGGGCCAACACAAAUUCUUUAGAGGUUAGCUGGGGUGCAGUGUCUACAGCGGAUAUGUACCUGCUUCAGCUUCAGAAAUAUGAUAUCCCAGCAGCCACUGCUGCCACCUCACCAGCCCUUAGCGCAGCUAACUCAGUUCCUGGAAACUCGCCAAAGAGUCCAGUGCCCGCAGCAGCUGCUCCCUCUGCUCAGAGUCUGCCACAAAGUGGCAUCACUCUCGUACCCCAGGCUGCUUCGCCCACAGCCUCAGUCUUGCCCAACACACCCGGAAGUCCACUGGCCGCCUCUGUAGCUCGUGGCCCAGCUAUACUAAAAGUUGCAGCCCCUCAGUCAGGCACUGGGACAUCAAUAGUCACCGUGCGACAAGCAGCCCAGCCUGGAAAAUCCCCAGUCACUGUGACAUCACUUCCUGCAGGUGUUCGUAUGGUCGUGCCAUCACAAACAACUCAAGGAACGCCCAUAGGCAGCAGCCCUCAAAUGAGUGGAAUGGCAGCUUUGGCAGCAGCUGCUGCGGCAACACAAAAAAUCCCCCCUUCUGCUGGAGCUACUGUACUUAAUAUGCCGGCCGGGGCCACUAUUGUCAAAACAAUGGCUAUGACACCUGGGUCUACCACUCUAGCCAACACAGUUAAAGUGGCAUCUCCUGUCAUGGUGAGCAACCCUGCCACUCGCAUGCUGAAGACCGCUGCUGCCCAGGUGGUCACUCCAACAGUGUCUAGUCCCACUACGGCUGCUCGACCAAUCAUCACGGUGCACAAGUCGGGCACAGUUACCGUAGCCCAGCAAGCUCAGGUUAUGACCACAGUAGUGGGUGGAGUCACCAAGACCAUCACUCUUGUCAAGAGCCCACUUUCAAUGGGAGGAGCCGGCACCUUGUUCUCUAACUUGGGAAAAGUGAUGUCGGUGGUACAGACCAAACCUGUGCAGACAGGUGCUGUGACUGGGCAAGCCUCCUCCAACCCAUUGACUCAGAUUAUACAGACAAAGGGCCCUCUCCCUCCUGGCACCAUUUUAAAGCUGGUAACAUCAGCUGACGGAAAACCAACAACCAUAAUUACCACCACUCAAGCAGGUGGCACAGGAAAUAAGCCCACCAUAUUGGGCAUCAGUGGCAUGUCCCCUGGUACCACCAACAAGCCUGGGACCACCACUAUCAUUAAAACAAUCCCUAUGUCUGCUUUACAACAGGGAGGGGCAGGUGUAACUAGUAGCACAGGGGUGAAGAGUCCCAUCCAUUUCAUCACCACUAAGAUGAUGACAUCCGGAACUCCUGGAAAAAUCAUUACAGCGAUGCCUAAGAUAGGCACAGCUGGAGGCCAGCAAGGCCUAACACAGGUUGUUUUGAAGGGUGCUCCAGGUCAGCCUGGGACCAUUCUUCGCACAGUGCCAAUGGGAGGAAUGCGUCUCGUGUCUCCAGUAUCUGUGUCUGGGGUCAAGCCAACUGUAACCACACUGGUUGUCAAAGGAACAACUGGUGUAACAACUCUUGGCACAGUCACGGGUACCGUUUCCUCCAGCUUAGCAGGAGGGAGCGUAGCCAGUGCCAAUGCCACCUUGGCAACCCCCGUUACCACCCUGGGCCAGAUCGCCACCCUCUCCAGCCAGGUCAUCAAUGCUACCGCUGUGUCUGCGGCUCAGACCAAUCUUACUACCGUCUCAUCUACCAUGCAGCCCACCCAGGUGACUCUUAUAACCACACCCAGUGGCGUGGAAGCUCAGCCUGGCCAAGACCUGCCGGUUUCUUUUCUAGCCUCUCCUACCUCGGAGCAGCCCACCUCAAGUGAUUCUGGGGCAGGUGACGCCUCUGGAAGUGUUACUUUGGUAUGCUCCAACCCCCCGUGUGAGACUCAUGAGACGGGCACCACCAACACAGCCACCACGGCGACUGCUAAUAUGGGAAACGUUCCAACUGGCACAGUGCAGAGGGUUUGCUCAAACCCACCCUGUGAAACCCACGAAACGGGUACAACAAACACGGCCACCACAGCUUCAUCUAAUAUGGGUGGAACGGUUCAGAGGGUCUGCUCCAACCCACCAUGCGAGACCCACGAGACUGGUACCACCAACACAUCCACCACAGCUUCAUCUAAUAUGGGUGGAACAGUUCAGAGGGUCUGCUCCAACCCACCUUGUGAGACCCACGAGACUGGUACCACCAACACGUCCACCACAGCUUCAUCUAAUAUGGGUGGAACAGUCCAAAGGGUCUGCUCCAACCCACCUUGUGAGACCCACGAGACUGGUACCACCAACACAUCCACCACAGCUUCUUCUAAUAUGGGUGGAACAGUUCAGAGGGUCUGCUCCAACCCACCUUGUGAGACCCACGAGACUGGUACCACCAACACAUCCACCACAGCUUCAUCUAAUAUGGGUGCAAACCAAACUGGAGCGGUCCAGAGGGUCUGCUCAAACCCACCAUGUGAGACUCACGAGACUGGUACCACUAACACAUCCACCACAGCUUCAUCUAAUAUGGGUGGCAAUCAAUCAGAAACGGUCCAGAGGGUCUGCUCCAACCCACCUUGUGAAACCCACGAGACGGGCACCACCAACACAUCCACCACUGCCACCUGCAGUAUGGAGACGGAUGAGGGAGCAGCCCAACAGAGUGGAGAAGCAUCAGAAUCCAUCACCAGCACAGAGAGCUUGCCGUCUACUGCAGCGCCCCAGAGCCGAGCCAUCACAACAGUCACACAAGCAACACCUUUACCAGGCCCAGCUGUUCCUUCUAUCUCAUCGAUCACAGAGUCAUCUUCAGAGGCGAGUGCUGAGCCUGUUAUUAUGGAAAGCUCGGAGGCAGAAGCCUUGCAGGCGGAGGGCCAGGCUGAGGCAGAGGGGGUCACCACGCAGGAAGAGUUCCAGGCUGUGGCAGUGGCCAUGCCGAGUGACUUCCAGGCUGAAGCUACAACUUUGCCGAGUGACUUGCAGGGAGAAGCGGAGGCCAUGCAGGCAGAGAGCCAGGCGGAGAUGGGAACGGUGCCAAUGGAGCAGGAUGCCGCUAGCAUGGAAGAGGCAGAAGCAGCUGCAGAACAGCUACCAAUAGCAGAGAUGGAGGGCGUAGAAGCGGCAUCAGCGUCCCAGGAUGCUGAGGCACUGGCCCUGCCCCCAGAGCUGAUGUCAGAGGGGCAGGCAACUACACUGAUGGUGACGGGUCUGACACCAGAGGAGCUGGCUGUCACUGCAGCUGCAGAGGCAGCAGCCCAAGCUGCAGCCACAGAGGAAGCCCAGGCCCUCGCCAUUCAGGCCGUGCUGCAAGCAGCACAGCAAGCUGUUUUGAACUCUGGUGAGGCUGGAGAUGAACAGCAGACCCACACCAUACCGAUCAUUCUGACGCCACAGGAACUGGCAGCUCUGGUUCAACAGCAGCAGCAGCUCCAGGCAGCCCAGCAACAGGCCGCCGCCCAGGCUGCUUUACCCACAGAGGGCUUGGCUCCGGCUGACAGCCUAAAUGAUCCCUCAUCGGAGAGCAAUGGACACAAUGAGAUGGCGGCGGCAGCAGCAAGUGCAGUUGCCGAACUGCUGCCACGUACCACCACAGAAACUUUAGCUCCAUCCAUCACUUUAGCACCUGCAGUUGUCGCCAGUCCAGCAAGGAUGCAAGCUGCUGCGGCUCUCACUGAAGUGGCCAAUGGACUUGAGGCUGCUAAACAAAAUCCUCCCACUGUUACCAUCAAACCACCAGUAAAGAAAGAGAACCAAUGGUUUGACGUCGGCAUCGUUAAAGUGACCAACAUGGUUGCAACGCAUUUCUACAUGCCAACAGAUGACACCGGUUAUGUUGAUGAUGAUUCUGGAACAAUCCCAGACUACAGUCAAAUGAAAAAGGUGGAGCUUCAGCCUGGGACGGCCUACAAAUUUCGUGUGGCGGGUAUAAACACUUGUGGUCGUGGAGCCUUUUCUGAAAUAUCAGCUUUCAAGACCUGCUUACCAGGAUUCCCAGGGGCACCAUGUGCCAUAAAGAUAAGCAAGAGUACAGAUGGUGCACACCUUACAUGGGAGCCUCCAUCCGUAACAUCAGGAAAGAUCACGGAGUACUCCGUGUAUUUGGCCAUCCAGAGUAGCCAGACCACCGAGGCCAAAGCCUCUACCCCAGCCCAGCUGGCUUUUAUGCGUGUUUACUGUGGGCCCAACCCCUCGUGUCUGGUCCAGUCUUCCAGCCUUUCCAAUGCCCACAUAGACUAUACCACCAAACCUGCCAUCAUCUUCCGCAUCGCGGCACGCAACGAGAAAGGCUACGGCCCUGCCACGCAAGUGCGAUGGCUCCAGGAGUCUAACAAAGACGGGAUUUCUGCUAAACCUGCCCCAAAAAGAGCCGUUUCUUCACCAGAUGCGAAAGGGAUUGGUCUAAAGAAAGCAAGAAUGGAUCAGUGAUGCUCAUUCAUCAUCCAAAACAUUGAAUACUCAUCCUGGCUCCCAGUGCACCAUCAUUACCGGAUUAAAGUGUAACCAUCCAUUAAAACAACUCGCAGUCUGAAAAAAAAACUAGGCAGAACUGUUUUUAGGGAAAGCUUUUUUCUUGUUUUUUUUAUAAACAAUUAAAGAAAAGCACAUUUACAUUUUGAGUAUUUUCCACUGAAGCAACAUUAUAUGGUGUGUGGAAAAUUUAGCUUUUUCCAUUGUAGAGUCUUCCUUUCUGACCCCCCCCCCAUUUCUUUCUAAGCAUCUAUCUUUUAUUUUGUAAGAUAUUUGUUCUGCUAUCAGCUGGGCUUAUAUGAAGUUGCUCUUGUUUAUGGGAUGGACUUUCAAGCAAGUUUUAGAUCAUAUUGAGUCAUGUUCGGGAAGAGAUGGGAAAACAAACCAAGCACUUGUUCUCAGACAAGAGGAUUUUCACUCGAUGGAAGUACAUGGUCCAGUAAAAGAAGAGCUGCACAAAGAUCCUUUCUGGACUCCUGUCUGCUGAUGAUGUCAUCACUUUUGUGCACUUUUUGUGUCGAGCAGAAUGAGCACAACGGCGGAUAAAGAAAUGGACAAGGAAGUUUAUUACUGGCUGGGCAGAGACUUUGCUAGAACUGAGAUUUUCCAUACAAACAAAAUAAAAAACUAAACGAAAAAAAAAAACACAAAAAUGGAAAACUUCCCAAAAAAUUAGCGAGCGAUGACGGAGAAGAUCUUUUGUGUAGUUUAUUUUUGUAUUUUAAAAGUUUUUCUCCUGUGUGCGUGUAUGUCUGUAUGCUUUUUUUUAACUCACUACUUUUUUUUUAAUUCACGUUCAAUCCCCAAUUUGGUUUUCAAGGAUUUGCGGGAAGUAAGGCUUUUACUCUGUUGUAUAUGAGGAAAAACAUUGUAUUAGUGCUGAAGCCAAGUGUUAAUAUGUCGAAAGAACGGAAACAGAUUUAACCAUCUGAAGGGCUUCUUACUUUGUUUACUGCAUAUUGUAAACCACACUGGUUUUCCACUUUGUGUAUGCCAAACCUAAAGAUGUAAAAAUCGUAAAACAUUGUUUUUUUUUUCUGUUUACCAAAUUGCCAUGAUUAGUAAACCCUUCUUCUGACUUUCUUUCCUGACUUUUUCAUGUUUCAUAACAUAACAUAACUAUGUAGAUUUUCUCAGCCCUAGAUUGUGAAGGAAGUUGUCCAUGUGAAGAUGACAUCAUUUCGACCUUUUUCUUUUGAUUAUCUGAGGUGUAUGCAAGCUAAAUGUUAAAUGUAUACCUUUAUUGUCUCAUGUGUGUGGUUGAGGAUGGAGGUUAUCAUUCUUGGUAAAGCCAAGCAUGAAUUUCGACUGUAAUAUAGUUCAUUCGUACCGCGAGAGGUAGAAGAUGACAUCUUGGCCUUUUUUAUAUAUUUACCUGUAACAAAAAGUUUUUACAUGUUGUCAUCUCCUGAUUGCCUUUUUGGUCUUGACUUAUAAAAGAUACAGAAAUAUA